GCCGCAGCGACUGGCUGAUGACGUCCAAUCACCAAAACCCAUCAAAAGCUUCAUCAGCCUACCAGCAAACCAGAGCUCAUUGGCAAUGAGAUUGGAUUGAGCUCCCUCGGCUCAUGCCCAACAUAUUAUGCCCUUGCUCUUGAGAAUAUGCGCAGAGCUAUAAGUCGUCUGGCGCUCCUGCAUACUGGACGACUAGCCAUUCGGAGCAGAAGAAUUCUGGUCGCAUCCAGCAGACGACACGCCCAUCAUGCAAGCGACAAGACCCCUGCUCUACAAGGGCUUCUUCGGCCGCAGCCUAGAUGAGUUCAAGAGGCUUUCACAUAUAGUCUUCAGCCUCGAGGGCAUCAAGGGCGCCCAAACCCCCUACGAACUCCACAGCUUCCGCAUUCCAACCUCCAUCCAGGACUGCAAGGUCAUGUCUGACGUUGAGAUCGGCGGCUUCUCGAGCGCAAACCUCGACUGGGUGACCUCACCACCACCCUCCUCCGGCAUCCCUGCCCCUUCCCUAAACUCCCCCGGCUACGCCCGCUUCCACGGAGCCAUCUCCACGGAACUCCCCAGGAACCGUCCCGAGAUCCAACGGACGGGCUACGCGGCCUUCCGCACACGAGACCGCCCGCCAACCAUAUUCGGGCGCAGCCUCUUCAACAUCGACCCGUACGUCUACCUCGCCCUGCGCGUCAAGUCGGACGGCAGGAGCUAUUUUGUCAACGUGCAGACCGAGUCGGUCGUGCCGACGGAUUUGCACCAGCAUCGGCUCUUCGUUAAGAAGCCGGGGGAGUGGGAGACGGUGCUGAUCAAGUGGAACGACUUCGUGCGGACGAACCACGGCUUUGUCGUCGAGCCGCAGACCGAGAUCAUGCGGCAAAAGGUCAAGUCCAUCGGCAUCGGGUUGACCGACAGGAUACCGGGCCCCUUUGAGCUGUGCAUCGAGCGGAUGUGGGCCACGAAUGACGAGCGCGAGGCGGAUAGCCUGGUGGACUUGUCGCCGCAGAAACCGGCAGUCAAGGUGGCGGCGCCGAAGGAGGGGAAGCUUAAGACGAAACAAGGGCAAAAGAUCGCUUGGGAUAGUAAAUAAAGGGUUUAAAAGGGCUCGGCCAACUCUACCGAAACCUAUCCAUGUGCGCGGCAGUUGGCACUGACGGUGAAAAUCGGGACACAAAAUAUGUGAAGCGCGAGCGAUGCGGAAAGAGCAAAUAUGGUGGCAUUGGGAUGCUUUGGGCCCAGGGCUGGGAGUCGUACACUGUUGUUGAAGGUUUAGCUAUGUAUCGCAUUGGUGAUGCGGACUGGUGGGUGUUUCGUCUCCAUGUAACAGCAUUCGGACAAUCGGCCAGUGCUUUGGACAAUGAAGAGAUCCAGAUGUGCGAAGGUCAUUUGUCUCAUCGGAUUGACUUUACGCUGAUGGGGGCUGGCGUGACCAACGCUCAGAGCAGAAAUAGGCAAAGGCCAGAAGUAUGGGGCUUUUCAUCCAUUACGUUCUUGUGAAUGUUCCAUAUACAAUGGAUAUAUCAUAGAGUU